AUGUUAGAAGGAACUAUAAGGGAACAAUAUGCCAUACUGGAAGAUUAUUGCAAGCAACUGUUAGAGACAAAUCCUGGGAGCACAUCAAUAUUGAAAACCAGAAUGCAGGAUGGAAAGAGGUUAUUUGAAAGGGUGUAUAUAUGUCUUAAAGCUUGUAAAGAUGGAUUCGUCAAUGGUUGUAGGCCCCUUAUCUGCUUGGAUGGUUGUUUUUUAAAAGGAUAUUGCAAAGGAAUGUUAUUAGCUGCAAUUGGCAUUGAUGCAGCAAAUGCCAUGUUUCCAGUGGCUUAUGCUGUAGUGGAGAAGGAGUACACAGGUAGCUGGACAUGGUUUUUAAGUUUAUUGAAGGAGGAUUUGAAGAUUGAUGAACCAGAGAGAUUAACAAUGAUUUCAGAUAGGCAAAAGGGCUUAGAAAUAACAUUAAGUACUGUAUUUCAAGGUUCGGAAGUGAGAUUCUGUGUGAGACAUAUGCAUGCCAAUUUCAAGAAGCAAUUCCCUGGACUCUUACUUAAGCAAAUGAUGUGGGCCGCUGCAAGGGCAACAACUAAAGUGGAAUGGAAAAAUAGGAUGAAUGAAAUUAAGCAAGAGAAUUUCAAGGCGUAUGAAUGGCUGAUGAAAAAAAACCCAGAAGAAUGGACCAAGUCUCAUUUCAGGGAGCAUGUGAAAUGUGACCUUCUUAUUAAUAACCUCUGUGAAAGUUUCAACAAUGCCAUUCUUGAUGCCAGAGAUAAAUCUAUUAUCACUUUGCUAGAAAAUAUUAGGCAUUGGAUGAUGAGUUUGUUCUGCAAUAGAAGAAUGAGUGUCUCUAAGUGGGUGCAUCCUGUUUCCAAAAUAAUUAUGGACAUCAUUGAGAAAAACAAGAAUGUUGCUAAGCAUUGUUUCCCUAUGCUUGCUGGAGGUGGUAAGUUCCAGGUAAAUUUAUUGCAAAGCAUCAAUGCUCAGUCAUUUGUUGUGAACUUGGAAACGAAAACAUGCACAUGUAGGCUAUUCCAAUUGUCUGGCAUACCAUGUGGGCAUGCUUUAGCUGCUAUCUGGUUUUCAAACCUAGAUCCAGUGGGAUUCAUAGAUGACUACUACAAGAGGCAAGCAUAUGAAGAAACUUAUGCGACACCAAUCGAACCAAUGCCUAGCCCAGAUAAGUGGCCUGACACUGGUCUGAAUCCGAUACAUCCUCCAACAGAGACAAUUUUACCUGGAAGGCCUAAAAAGUCUAGAAACAAAGAGGCAGAUGAACCACCACCUACUACUGCAACAAAGGCUAGGAGAGUUGGCCAAGUUAAUCACUGCAGCAAUUGUAAGCAAACAGGCCAUUCACGAGUAACAUGCAAGAAUGCAACUAUGGAGCCUGCAAGGCAAAAAAAAAGAGGAAGACCACCAUCUCAGAAUCCUACUACUGAAACUAUUAAAAGGAAGGAGCGAGCUAAGAGACAGAAGCAAAGGAAUGGUGGUUCCACAUCUCAGACCAACUAA